AUGACAACGGAGGUUGCAACCGUUGCACCGGCAACAGAUCCACAUGCAUCCCCUCCUAUCACCAUCAUUUUAACCACUAUUCUCCUCGUCAUUUUCUUUAUUGGCUUCUUCACAAUAUACUUUUGCAGGUGUUUCAUGCAAAAUGUUCUUUACACAUGGAAUACCCGUCAUAACCCUCCUGGGACACAGAUGGGCGGUCCAAGGAGCAGUGGCCCUCCUGGACUCGAUCCACAUAUUAUUAAUACUUUCCCUACUUUUAUCUACUCUGAUGUUAAAGAAUUUCGACGUGAAACAUAUGGGUUAGAAUGUGCUAUAUGUUUAUGUGAAUUCGAGAACGACAACGUCCUUCGACUUUUAACAAAGUGUUACCAUGUUUUCCAUCAAAAUUGUAUAGAUCUUUGGCUUGAGUCACAUAAAUCGUGCCCUUUUUGUCGACGUGGCCUCGAAACACCGCUUGCCUCGCCAACAAAAUCUCCGGUGUCACAAAAUAGUACAUCCAUGCAUGAGAUCCAAGAAAAUGAGUUGCUCGAAGACACAUUUACUAUCAAUAUUAGGGAUGAAAAUGAAAGGAACAACAAUACGGAUACCAAAGAAGACAAGAAGAAAGAAAAGCAUGUAAAUAUUGAUAUUGAUCGAGGAGAAGUUAAGAGAACAGAAAAAUUUCCAAGAAGCAACUCAACGGGUCAUUCGAUUACUAAAAAUUGUAAAGCAAGUGAGGACGAAGAUAAGUUUACAUUAAGAUUGCCCGAACAUAUACAGACAAAACUCAUUCGUGGACAUAAUUGGACACGAAGUUGUACCGAGUUUGGAGAAUUCAAAACUAGAACUUCCGCUAGUAGUCCAGGAUUUGGCGAAGCGUCGACAUCUAGAGAUGUAAACAAAGUAUAA